AUGGCCGAAGAUAAAUCAGAAACACAAACACAAACACAUGAGACUCCAGAGACAUCGGUGGUGCACCUUCACGGCAACCUUGACUUGAAAAUCAUAGAGGCGCGAUGUCUGCCCAACAUGGACAUGCUCUCCGAGCGGUUCCGCCGAUUAUUCUCCGCCUGCCGCAAGCCAUUUGCUAAUUCCAAGCACCAUCAUCACCAUAAAAUCAUCACCAGCGACCCUUACGUCACCGUCUGCCUCGCCGGAGCUACCGUCGCACGGACGCGCGUGAUCUCCAACUCCCAAAACCCCGAAUGGAAGGAGCAUUUCACCAUCCCUCUCGCCCACCCCGUCUCGCAAGUCGAGUUCUACGUCAAGGACAACGACAUGUUCGGCGCCGAUUUAAUCGGCGUGGCGUCCGUCUCGGCGAAGCGAAUCCUCUCCGGCGAGACCAUCAGUGAUUGGUUCCCGAUAAUCGGGCCGUUGGGGAAGCCGCCGAAACCGGACGCGGCGGUUAAGCUGGAAAUGAGGUUCACGAAAUGCGAGGACAACCCGCUGUAUAAGGACGGCAUUAUUUCCAACGAACGUGUCGGGGGAGUUGAAAACUGUUACUUUCCGGCGCGGCAAGGAGGUCACGUGACGCUGUACCAGGACGCGCACGUGCCGGACGGGAUGCUGGAGGAGAUAGAAUUGGACGAGGGGGUCAAGUUUGAGCACGGGAAAUGCUGGGAGGAUAUUUGUCACGCGAUUUUGGAGGCCCAUCAUUUGGUGUACAUUGUGGGCUGGUCCAUUUUCCAUAAGAUCAAGCUGGUCAGAGAGCCCAGUAAGCCCUUGCCCAGCGGCGGCAAUUUGAAUCUGGGGGAGCUGCUCAAGUAUAAAUCGCAGGAAGGGUUGAGAGUUUUGUUGCUGGUUUGGGAUGACAAGACUUCUCACAGCAAGUUCUUCAUCAAUACGGCUGGAGUGAUGCAAACGCAUGAUGAAGAAACCCGAAAGUUUUUUAAGCAUUCUUCGGUGUCAUGCGUGCUGUCACCUAGAUAUGCCAGCAGUAAGCUUAGCAUUUUCAAGCAACAGGUUGUUGGAACCUUGUUUACACAUCAUCAAAAGUGUGUGAUUGUGGAUACACAAGCGUCUGGGAAUAAUCGAAAGUUAACAGCAUUUAUAGGAGGUCUGGACCUCUGUGAUGGUCGCUAUGAUACUCCCGAGCAUCGGCUGUUUAGCGAUCUUGACACAGUUUUCCAGGGUGAUUUUCAUAAUCCCACAUUGGCUGGCUCAAAGGGUCCAAGACAACCCUGGCAUGAUCUACAUUGCAAAAUUGAAGGGCCGGCUGCAUACGAUGUGCUAACUAAUUUUGAGCAGCGCUGGAAAAAAGCCACAAAAUGGUCAGAGUUUGGGCAACGCUUUAAAAGAGUGUCGCGUUGGCACGACGAUGCUUUGAUCAAGUUGGACCGCAUCUCAUGGAUACUUAGUCCCCCACCAGGCAGUUCCAAUGAUGAUCCUAUAUUACGGGUUUCAGAUGAAGCUGAUCCUCAAAACUGGAAUGUUCAGAUCUUCCGAUCCAUAGAUUCUGGAUCUGUGAAAGGAUUUCCCAAAGAUGUGUAUGAAGCUGAGAAUCAGAAUCUUUUCUGUGCCAAAAAUUUGGUUAUAGACAAGAGCAUCCAGACAGCAUAUAUCGAAGCAAUCAGGUCUGCGCAACACUUCAUAUACAUUGAGAAUCAGUAUUUCCUCGGAUCUUCUUACGCAUGGCCGACUUACAAAGAAGCAGGUGCUGACAAUUUAAUUCCAAUGGAGCUGGCAUUAAAGAUUGCUAGUAAGAUACGCGCCAAAGAGAGAUUUGCGGUGUAUGUUGUGAUACCAAUGUGGCCAGAAGGUGUGCCCUCUUCUGCUUCUGUGCAAGAAAUUCUCUUUUGGCAGGGACAAACAAUGCAAAUGAUGUAUGAAAUCAUAGCCAAAGAGCUGAAAUCCAUGAAUAUUGAGAAUGCUCAUCCGCAGGACUACCUAAAUUUCUACUGUCUUGGUAAUCGGGAAAAGCUUCCUGGCACAGUGACCUCUACAACUAACCAAACUUCCAAAACUGGUUCUCCUGGUCACACGGUUUCUGCCUCCCAAAAGUAUCAACGAUUUAUGAUUUAUGUACAUGCCAAGGGAAUGGUAGUAGAUGAUGAGUACGUGAUGAUAGGUUCUGCGAAUAUCAACCAACGAUCCAUGGCAGGGUCUAGGGACACUGAGAUAGCCAUGGGCGCAUAUCAACCGCAUCACACAUGGGGAAAGAAGAAGCGGCAUCCUCACGGCCAGGUGUAUGGAUAUAGAAUGUCACUUUGGACAGAACACAUGGGGAAGGUUGAGAAUUGCUUCAAGGAGCCUCAAACAUUAGAAUGCGUGAAGCGUGUGAACGACAUUAGUAAGGACAAUUGGAGCAGGUUCGUGUCCGAGGAGUUUAUAGAAUUGCAGGGACACCUUAUCAAGUACCCGGUUGAGGUUCAUGCCAAUGGCAAGGUAGGCGCAUUGCCUGGCCGAGAGAGCUUCCCUGAUGUUGGUGGUAAGAUCCUCGGUGCUCGCACUAACCUUCCUGAUGCUUUGACUACUUAA